AUGACUCUGAGUUCCAACAACCAUUUUGAGACCACCGAACCCCAGGAUCAAAUUUCACUGGAGAUUGAUCAAUCGGAUAUUCACCUGGACUGUGGAGGGCGUGUUGGGGAGCUACCAGACUGGUAUAUGUACACUCCAAGCCAUGACAUCACCAUUUCUACAGACAGGGUUCUUGAAGCACUAGGAUCACUUGGCUUUGUUGAUUCCGUCCAGCUCAACCAAUCCAAAACACGAACAAAGAGAGAUUUAUAA